CUGUUUCGUAGCGAUUCUGACGCUUUCCCUUCCCUAUAGGAGUGUCGUCGUGGUUCAAGUCCCCAAUUUCUGAUAUUAGUUGGCAAUAAUUGCAUUACUGUCUAAAGUGCUGGUUAGAUUCCAGGUGAAAAUCUACUCAAUCCUAUUGCGUGUGGAACACCAAAACUCACCAGGUGACUUGCGCAGCUCAGUGUGUCCAAGUCAGUGGCAUCCGCAAACGGAGUGAGCGAGACGGGACAGACAGUCGAGAAUACCUGUUUUGGGAAAAUUGUGGAAUUUCACCAAUCCGAAGUUGCAGAAAGCGCAAUUGCUAGGUGACAUUCCUUCAACGAUCGGUUUCGAUAAGGCCUAGCCGAUUAACAAGUUAAUUUUGAGCUGUUGAACAUUGUGAAUUGCAAAAUUUUUAAUCGUGUUUAGCCCCAUUUUGGUGCGCGAACUGUGCGUGAGUGAGCGAGAGCGAACGUAGUUAUCUUCGAAUGCUUUGCUCUGCAACGCGAUAUUAUCGUGGAGAGACAAGUUUGAGCAAAAAAUAGAAAAAAAAGUUUUCAUUCGCUGUUUUUGGAAAUUGAUCAGCCAGUACGCGUGAACGAGACGGGAGAGACCUGUUGUUAGCCCCCGAGAGCACGUUCCGUUAUAUUUUGGUCGAAUGGUGUGUGCCUUCCUGUCCGAAGAAGUCGUCGAUGGAUUGAUGUGCUGCUCAGUCAGAAGACAGUGACAGAGGAGAAAAUUUCCGAAAAGAAGAGUUUUCAGUAAAGUAAAGUGAGUUUACGCAACAAUUGCAUUCCUUCCGUGGGUGUUUCGCAUCCUGGUACCGUCUUUGCCCCCAGUAGGUUAGACCGAAAGGUGUUUUUGUUGACACGUUAUUGCUACGGUACCUAGUGCCUUGUGUUCACGGGUCUUCCGAUUGUCCCAACGAACUACAACAACGAUUUAAAGAUCCGACGUGGACCGGGUUUUCAUCCGCGACAGCAACAGGUUCCGCGUGAACAACGAGAAGCACCAGCGAGCGAGCGAGUGAGUGAGUGUGUGUGUUUGCAAAUUAACACAUAACUUCGUCCGGACCUUCCAGCAAACGGCUAAGAUAAAGCCCCGGACGAGGCUCUGCCGUUCCCCUGCCGUCCCAGUCCGAUCGCUGCCGGUGAGAAAAGCCCGAUUAACAUUCCCCGCGAACCACCAGCAGCAGCAGCGGUGUUGGCGAUAAGCGUGUUUAUUUAUACUGAACAAUUACUCAUUACAAGUUAGCCCAGCAGCUAGAAUCACCGCGAAAAUCCACGACAACCGGCAGCCACCACCAGCGCGGCCGGUGCGUGAGCCCUGCGGCAAACAAUAGAAAUUGUGCAACGCCAUUGGCACUCAUUCUCGUUCGUGUUCUUGGGACUUGGCGUGAACUCAGCCUGGAAAGAAGGGCGCCGCUUGUUCUCAGGUUGUAUUUAAAUUAAUCACAAACACUAUCGAAAGUGCAGUGCACGGCAAACGAAAAAAAAAGUUCAAGUGCAAUUAAAGUUUUGGUAGUUUGUAAGGUACUACACAGUUAAUACGAGUUCUGUGAUUACCAGGUUCGGACCCCGAAACCGAAGAAGAGAAAAGUAAUUAAACAAAGUAGCUAUAAAAAGGCGAUCUCUCGGUAGCAUCGACCAAGCAAAUGUGUUAAAGAAACCACCUGCAAAGCAGGAAGAUUAGUUUUGAAGGUUUUCUACCUUCGUCCAUCUUCGCGCUGGAUUUCGGUGAAAAUCAGGUGAAAAGAAAAGCUCGCCGCUCAACCUCAUUCCUAACGGCGCGUACUUGAACGUGAGGUGUAUUAAGUGAAAGAAGAAGAAAAAGUGUACACAAAUAGCUGCAAGGAAUAACCGCAGAAAAAACAACGCCUUACAAAUACACCCGAGCGAGUAAGAGAUAGGCACCACCAGCGAAGGAGAUAAAAAGCAUUCAAAGCCGUUGAGUUCGUUCGUUGCUGUUCCGACCAAGUUCGACCGCACCGAACAAAAGUUCGAAAGUGCUGAUCACCGCGCCAGGAGCUGGAUCAGCAGCAUCAGAAGCGGAACCCAAGAUGCUAGUUCCGGGACAUGUGGUGUCACUGUAUGUGGCGACAGGCGGCUAUAACGGUGCGGCACUUGGCUCCGACGAGAAGGAAAUCGUUCUGCUGAUUUACGUAAUCAUCGAUGUGCAGACAAAUAAUGUUGUCGGCGUUAAGCAGUACUUCGUUCGGCCCACGAACCCGCACCAGAGUCCACUGCUCAGCAGGAACAGUGCCAGUCAGAACAACAUCAGCUCCAGCAAUACCUCGCUCGAUCAGUCCGUCGGAACGAACUGCUCGUCGUCGCUGUCCUCCUCGACGGUUGCCACCGGAAUUCACUCGAACAGCCUGUCCGGAACGUCAUCGUCGGUGACGGCUUCGCUGGUCGCGACCGAGAAUGCCAUCAGCCAGGAGAUACCCGCCAUCGAAUCGUUGAUCCAAACGGCCGGUCAACCGCUGGAGGAGGUGCUCGAACAGUUCGACGCGUACACGAGGAGCCUUAAAAUAGAUCCACACGGGUCAAAUUUUCGCUUGAUUACCGAUGGCCAGCUCCCGCUACGACAGUGCCUCCAUCCGGAAGCCAGUGCCAAAGAAAUUCAGCUGCCCGCGUACUACUGGCGAUUUAGUGACCUACGGAAGGAGCACGUGCGGUUCAAAGCGGGCGAUUUGGCUCGCGCCCUGAUACCGGCAGCCGAUGCGGCCAAACUGAAUGCAAUGCCCCGGUUACCGGCGAUACCGUCAUCCGUCGCGGACAUGAUGAAAGAAAAUGACCUUACAACGAAUCCUGAAAGCGGAUUGUACACUAAAGAAGCCAGUGAUAUGGUCACCAUAAUCCAGCACAUGAUAUCAUUAGGCCAUAAAUUCGAAGCAAAUGAAGUAAUAAAUUUAAGUUUAGAACCUGGAAUAUGCUCAAUUGAUGACGAAAUCGAUGGCACGUGUAUAGUGCGUGCGCGUGGACUACCCUGGCAGAGCAGCGAUCAGGACAUCGCUCGGUUCUUCCGGGGGUUGAAUGUGGCGAAAGGUGGCGUAGCACUGUGCUUAUCACCGCAGGGACGUCGUAACGGCGAAGCUUUGGUACGGUUCGUUUCGCAAGAGCACCGUGACAUGGCGCUAAAACGACACAAGCAUCACAUCGGCAAUCGGUACAUCGAGGUGUACCGAGCAUCCGGCGAGGACUUUUUGGCUGUGGCUGGAGGUGCCUCGAACGAAGCUCAGGCUUUCCUCUCGAAGGGAGCUCAAGUCAUCAUUCGCAUGCGCGGUCUACCGUACGAUUGCACUGCGAAGCAGGUGUUGGAAUUUUUCGCGAGCGGUGAUAACAACUGCUCCGUACUGGACGGUUCCGAUGGAAUACUGUUUGUGAAGAAACCCGACGGUCGGGCAACCGGAGAUGCGUUCGUGCUGUUCGCACAGGAAUCGGACGCUUCGAAAGCUCUCUCGAAGCACCGUGAGUCGAUCGGGCAGCGUUACAUCGAGCUGUUCCGGUCGACCACGGCGGAAGUUCAGCAGGUGCUGAACCGGUCGAUGGACCCGAAGACCUACGAGCCACCACAGCCGCCUUUAAUAGCCGCCCUACCACCGGUGCAGAUGCCUCUUUUACCACAGCACGUCAUCACCAGCGGCACCGCGAAGGAUUGCAUUCGGCUACGUGGGUUGCCGUUUGAAGCCAAAGUGGAACACAUUCUGCAUUUUCUGGAAGACUUUGCGAAGCACAUAGUCUACCAGGGGGUGCAUUUGGUGUACAACGCACAGGGUUCCUUCAAUGGGGAAGCCUUCAUCCAGAUGGACUCGGAAGCGGCCGCUUUUCAGUCGGCCCUGCAGAAACACCACAAGAACAUGAUGUUCGGCAAAAAGCAACGUUACAUCGAAGUGUUUCAGUGUUCCGGCGACGAUAUGAAUAUGGUCCUGAAUGGUGGAUUCCAGCAGCCGUCGAGUAUUUCGAAACCACCGCUACUGUCACCCGGUAUGUUACCACCUGCGCAACAACCACCAACACAAAACCCACAAACACUAGCGCUGUCUCAGCUUCCGUUGACUGUUCCCCCUCCGUUAACCCUAUCCAUUCCUCCGCCCAGUCCUCAGUUGAUCGCACAACAGCAAGCCCACUUUAUAGCACAGCAAAGCCUGAUGGCUCGACAGGCGGCAGCGGCUGCCGCAGCAGCUCAACAGCAAGAGCAAUUCUUCCUGCAUAAUUUAGCUGUCUAUCCAACGCAUAGUACGGUCGCUUCUAACGCUUCAGCCGUGUCGCAAACGCCGCCUGCUUAUGCGACUGCUAAUGCCACCAGUCCGCAGGCGCAGAGCAGUCUUCACAUGACCCAUGGCCAUGCGCCUCCGGCGGCUGUUCAAGGCAUGGGCCAAGCAGCUGCUGCCCAUUACGCAACGGCGGCCGCUUAUCCCACAGCCGGUGGUCAAUAUCCGCAGUUUGUUUUCAUGCCUCGUCAAAUGAUCAAUCCGGGCGGCUUUCCUAUGGGUUUUGUCCCGCCCGGUUUAGGUUCCCUGCACUUUCCAGGGGCAGCAACUGCAAACGCCGCUGGGGCAACAACCGGUCUUCAGCAGUCCCCUUUUGCCAGUACGGCCGGGAUUCACCAUCCCGGUGCACUGGGACACCCUUCAGCCCCUUCGCAGCAGCAACCGGCACAGUCCCAGCAUCAUGCAGCCGCUCUAACGGCCAAUGCUGCUGCAGCUGCUACCAAUGCUUUGCUUCCGUCGAGCAUUAAACGCUCUUACGAUAAUGCCUUUCGUGGCGAACAGUCUCCACUAGCAGCGACCGGCGGUUCAAAGCGUCCAUUCCACGGCGGCAAUCAAGCAGCCGCCGCUGCGGCGGCCACAGCGGCUGCUGCUCUCUACGCCCCCUAUUACCAUCCACACAUGUGAGAAGUAACACUAUACAUUUAGCAUAUUUUAUUAAAUUAUCAUGUUAACUAUAUGAAUAGUUAUCGUGAAUAGUUUUAGUACGCAAGUACUAACACACAUUACCAUUUUUUUGAUAGAACUUUUUGCCUUAAAUUAUGAAUUCUAUAAAGUUUACUCGUAGUUAUAGUUUUUCUAGCAAAUAGCGAAAUUACAUUCCAUCCACUGCUAAACCAAUGCAGCUAUAAAUCCGUAAAACACCAAGUGGACCCCAAAAAUAUGAUCGCGCAAGACUCUCUUGAAUCGAUAGACGCUACUAAACGUACUUAUAAGAAGAGAUGAUUCAUAUAUAAAGUUGAUGCAUAUAUUUUUUUAAUAUUAUUAUUAUUAUUGUCAUCUUUAUUAUUCCAUUAUGAUACGGUACUUAUAGGCGAUAAAAGUUGUGCUAACCAAUGCUUCCCAAACUCGAAGCCCCCCCAGUUGUUUUUCCCCACCACCAUUUUUUUCGAACGUCCCCCGCUAAAAAUUAACCUCAUAUUGUGCGGGAAGAAGACGUGCAAUCCUCCCCCCUCCCUUCCCCCCGCUUCCCUACAAUCCAUGUGAAGACUGACUGAUCAAGGCCGAAAGAAAAUAGUAUCCUCGCCCCUACUCUCACUCACCCACUCAUAAACUCACACAUACACACAUACAAACCAAACAAAUACAUACGUUAUAACUGCUGCUAUGUAAAGGAAUUUGCUCUGAUUGAUCUGUCUACUGGUCCAGCUCUAUUGUUUAUUAUCAAAACACACACAUACACAAACAGGGGGUGUCGGGAAUGUUGUUAUUAUUGUUAAGGCGAACGGAGCUAUACUAAAGUUCAUUGUGAAUGAAUUGUGCGAGACGAGUGAUUUACAAAAAAACACACACACAUAUGUGACAACUGACAGCUAUAUUCACUGAUAUUUUUUUCUGCAAUGUUAGUCUUAGUCCAUUCCUACCCGGGAAUUAGUUAGUGCGUAAAACGAUAGAUAUUUAACUGCAUUAAGGAUACUUGUGGAGUAAUAUUUUAACGGCCAAUUGUUUCCCUACUACCAACAUUCACUCUCUAAUACCGGUUAGGCCUCUAAUAGGUUGUGCAUUGCCAGUAACGGAGCUACACACACGCAAACACACUCUACAAUUGCGCAUUAUUUUUUAGGUUAACAUCUCCUGAAUUUGAUCAUUAGACUGUGGUAUGACGAUAUUCAUUUUUAGUACAAUUAACACAUUCCAAAAGGUCACCUAGUUAAGGUGUCCUUACACGACAAACACAUUAAUUAAUGCGCGCAAUCACAUUUCACUAACACAUUCCGUGCAGCAGCGCGCACCGUUAAAUAAUCGUGAUCGAUACGAACGAAAACGAAAUCCUUGUUUCGUUUUUUGGUUCGGUAUUAGGAAAAAGGACAACGCUGCGUAACGAUGGAUGGUAUUAGGCAAGGGUAGGGCUUCAACCGGGAGAGGCACUUUUCGAACAUCAAACAUAAAAAAACUUUUUAUUCCGUACUAAAAUGGUUUGAUGUUCGAUCGACCUUUUAGGAAACGUGCCCCCACGUGCAAGACAGAACGGGAAACUCAUGGUUCAUUGGCUUUUCCUCACAAUUGGUUGUACUUAAGUGUUUAUGUUCUUAAAUAUUUUCAUUGUACUGUUAAAGCUCGGUAAGGGGUUACUCUCCAUUGUUUUUUUUACCGAUAUAUGCUUUUUGUUUUGAUGUCUCUCUAUGGUAGAACACAGCAGCUGAUGGAAAUGCAAUUUUUUAUAUUAAUUAAAGAAUACUAUUUGGUGAUCUGCUCUGCUUUGUACAAAUCGGAAUUCUUCCGUUUGGAGUUUAACCUUUCUGUCUUCCCCGGCUAGGCAAGGUGUGUUUUAAAACGUUUCACACAAUGAAAGAGAGAGAAAGAAAGGUUUGCGAAAACAAAAAUUAACGUUUAAUAGGUUGUUUGUGAAUGUUGGUUGUUUUUAUUUUUACGUUCUCUGCUCAGCUCAAUAGAAUAUUUUUUUUUUUUUGUAUUUUAAAUGUGUCUGUGUAAGCGUACGAUGUAUCAAGUAGAAAUAAUAUUUUCCUUAUUUUCAUAUUUCCUUUUUUUAGUUGAUAAGCAAAAGACAAAAAAAA